UCCGCUCGGCUCCGCUCGUUUAUGUAGUGUGAACGGUAACGGGGCUGGGCUGGACGCUACAGCAGGCGGCAGACGGUAAGCAUGCAUAUCAAUUGCAUUCUUUUAGGAUGAGCGUAAAGUGUCAAUCUAGCUAUUAUACAUCACUAUGGCGUGGACAGAACAAGAAACCCUUCUUUUGAUUGAUCUUUGGGGGGAAGAGAGUGUACAAGUUCAAAUUGAAGGUUGUGCGCGCAAUAAAGAAGUGUACGCAAAGCUUGCAGCGCGUAUGCAGGAAGAAGGAUACAACCGGUCAGGCACGCAGUGUCGAGAGAAGAUCAAAAAAUUGAAGACCGACUAUAGAAAAGUAAAGGACAACAACAAUGAGAGUGGGAGAGCACGCCGCUCAAGUAGGAUUUUUGAGGCAAUGGACGCCAUUUUAGGUCAUAAGCCAGCGACUUGCCCGCCUAUUGUGCUUGAGAGUACGAAUAAUCCUGCGCAUACCGACGUUACAGCUGUAGACAGCGAUGCAAGUGGCAGUCAAGGUAUUGAGCUCGAUGACUACGGUGAUGAAAGCUGUGUGGGAGAACUUGCCCUCAGUAAUUGUUCCUCAACAGGGACUACAAGUAGAUCUACCCCAACAAGCUCAGUAUGUCCGUCUUCUCCUGUUGCCAAUACACCCACAGCUGCAAAGCAAAAGAGAAACGGAACGAAGAGAGCACGGGAGGGGCAAGGCAAGACUAGAGAUAGAAUGAAAGACAUGAUGCAGACAAUAAUGGCUGGCAUGAAAGAAAUUAGAGAGGCAGACUCAGUACUUCUAAUCGAUUUAGAAGAGAAACGACUGAAGCUUGAGGAUGCAAGAUUGAGAGAAGAAAGAGAGUAUGCCGAGAGAAAAAGAAGGGAGGGAAGACAGUACGAAGAGAGAAGAAGAAGGGAAGAAAGGGAGUUUCAGCUGCAAAUGAUGCAGAUGAUGGUAGGGUUUGGAAACCAACCAUCAGGUCAAUUCACCCAACACUCAGGCCAGUUCACUCAACCCUGGGGCUUUUCCAAUUUGCUGGAAGACAGUGGUCCUUACAGGCCUUCCCAACAAGAAUAGAUCUGACUUUUCAGUUGUUCUUUGUUAAUUAAUGAUAUUACUGAGAUUCUUGACCUCAAAUACAGACAGACGGACAGCGAGAGAAACAGACAGA